AUGGGGCAGUGUGUAUCCAGCAGCAAUGCCGGCGCUGGCAGCAGCGAUGCCGAGAGGCCUGACGCUCGCUGUCAAACUCCCGGCUGCCAGAGAGUCUGCGAUCCAGGGUCCAGAUCACGAUACUGCGCUCAGCAUGCCGUCUGUAGACGGCAGGGAUGCGCAAGGCCUCGAUACCGCAAGGGCCCAUAUUGUCAGGAACACCUGUAUACGUGUCGAGUCUCCAGGUGUCCCAAUAGCCAAGUCAGACUUCACGAUGCGCGAUUCACCAACCAUUUAUGCUGGGACCACCAACCCACCGAAGUGCAGGAUGCGUACCUGCUCGGAUACAUGUUUGGCGGGGAAGAUGCCCACGCGGCAAACGCGAACGAGCCUCAGCUACAACAGCAACAACGCAGCAGGCGCAGGCGUUCUCGCCAGAAGCCAAAGUCCACUUCGGCCGGAACGCAACCUACAAUUGUAGCCGAACCUCGAGAGCAGGCGUCCGAAGAUCCCGCGUCAAGCUCAGAUGACGACGAUGUUGUGGCCACAGCUCAUCAGCUCUCCACAAUAGGGGAGGAACCGGAAAGAGAGGACGUCGUGCGCUCAACACGGAAACCUCGACAGGAGAACCCAGAAACAGCGCCGGGAACACCAACCGCUCGUCGCAGCCAGAAGACGGUUCACUUCGCGGACCCUCCCCCUCGAGCCUUCGCCACCGAGAACCCCUCCAUCGAGACGGCGGCGGCAGAAGCCUGGGUAGCCGAGCCCCUUUCCUCGUCUACGGCAGCCCGCCUCCGAACCUCCCAUCACCGGCGAAGCCUAGACGGACGUCUCGCCGCCCCGGCUGCAAGUAACCGCGAGAGGCGUCACAGCACCGGCAGUGCCCCAAAGUCAGCCGACGUCAAGCGGGCAACGAGAACAAGGGCCAGCCGCUGA